AUGGCUCAGCAGCAAAACAAUGAAGAAGGGAACACAUUAAUUCCUGCAGAAAAAGCUGCUGGAGAGCAAAGAAGUUCAAUGAUAUCUGCGUCUUUUAAUUUUAUCAAUUCCAUAAUAGGAUCUGGAAUAAUAGGUUUACCAUAUGCGUUGAACCAGGCCGGGCUCCCCUUUGGCCUCCUGCUGCUGAUAGUUGUUGGCUUCAUCACAGACUACUCCAUCAUCUUACUAAUCAAAGGAGGCAACCUGUCAGGGACAAACAGUUAUCAAUCACUGGUGCAAAACACUUUUGGUUUCCCUGGAUUUCUGAUUUUAUCCGCGCUGCAGUUCCUUUAUCCUUUCAUAGCUAUGAUUAGCUACAACAUCACAACCGGAGACACACUGACCAAAGUAUUUCAGAGAAUACCAGGAGUUGGUCCAGGUCACAUUCUUGCCGAGCGUCACUUUGUGAUCUUGCUGUCAACCCUCACAUGCACACUGCCUCUCUCACUUUAUCGAAACAUAGAGAAGCUUGGGAAGGUGUCCCUACUGUCAAUGGGGCUGACUUUUACCAUCCUCAUCAUUGUAAUCAUCAGAGCAGCUACCUUUGGACCCCAAAUCCCGCCUACUGAGAAUGCAUGGGCCUUCGCAAAGUGGAAUGCAAUCCAGGCAGUUGGUGUGAUGUCUUUUGCCUUUAUAUGCCACCACAACAGCUUUCUUAUCUAUGGUUCCCUGGAGCAGCCCACACUCUCUAACUGGUCUCGAGUCACCCACGUAUCUGUAGGCUCCGCUCUAAUAAUCAGCGCUGCAUUUGCUGUUGCUGGCUAUUCCACCUUCACUGGCUACACACAAGGAGACAUAUUUGAGAACUACUGCAGAAAUGAUAACCUGGCAACAUUUGGUCGCUUCUGUUUUGGCCUCAGCAUAAUAACCACAUUUCCACUGGAGUGUUUUGUUACACGAGAGGUGUUAUCCAAUGUUAUCUGCAGCAGGGAUCUUUCUAAAACUGAACAUGUGGCCAUUACGUUUCUCAUAGUUGCAGCUUGUGCAUCAAUAUCACUGGCCUAUGACUGUCUGGGAGUUGUUUUAGAGCUGAAUGGUGUUCUGAGCGCCACACCUCUCAUCUUCAUCAUUCCAGCUGCAUGCUUCCUCAAACUCUCCCCCGGCAGCUGGUUCCAGGGUGAAAACUUAAUACCCACCAUCUUGAUAUUAAUCGGCUUUUUCGUCAUGAUCACCGGUUUGACCAUGACGGGCCUCUACCCACAGGACUGUUCACACGGCGUGGAGAUGUUCUACUGUGCAGACGCCAAUGUCUCUGCCACGGUACCACCUGUAUGAUAAACACCAAAUAUUUAGUUGUUUUAAAUUUAGUUUUUUUUUUUUCAAUGUAUGCAUGGCAAAACCUAAAUAUAUGUGCAAAA